AUGCCCGAAGGCCGCCAAUCCCCCCCUCCCGAACGCCAAUCCGGCGCCCAACAACAAGAUCCCCCCGCCUCCGGCAAGGGAACAGACAACGCCUCCAACAAGGAGCAGACCAACAAGGAGUCUCUCGAUAAACUGGAGUCCAACCCCAAGGGCCCUCUCGAUGACGCCCUGAAGGAGAAGUUCUCCAAGACGGAGUAA